AAGAAACAAAACGCAAAAGAUCAAAAUGCUGGCGGUCAAGAUAGUCGUUUGCUGUUUGCUUGUCCUGGGUCUGUCCCAGGUUUUGGUUGCACACUAUAUCCCGUUUCGAAUUCCUCAUCCGGUUCCAUUUGUUAAACCGUAUCCAGUACCUCAUCCGGUUCCAUUCCCCCAACCCUUUCCAGUACCAUUUCCACAACCGGUAGGAGUUCCACAUCCGGUACCAGUUCCACAUCCGGUACCAGUUCCGCAUCCGGUGCCAGUUCCAGAACCGGUAGGAGUUCCGCAUCCGGUACCAGUGAUGUAUCCGGUCCCACAUAUGGUCCCUGUUCCUUAUUACUAAAGUGUACUGAUGACAAGAUACUAUGUGCAAUUAUGGAAGUUCCGAGGUGAAAGGCGAUGUGAAACAUGUUCUACACGUUGAUUUUCAAUAAACAGUUAUCAAGUGUUU